CCAUCUUCGGCCAAGGCACCGGCCCCUUCAAUCGGUACUCGAUGCAGCUCCUAUCCAUGAUUGCGGACGCACUGAGCUCCGGUAUCGUUAGCGGUAUAGAGCAAGGAAACACCGUAUGGAGCCAUGUUCACAUCAGAGACCUGGUCGGCUUGUUUAUCGUGUUACUAAAGCAGAUCUGCACUGGUGCUACGAUCCCAUCGGGCAGGAAGGGCAUCUACUUCUGCGAAACAGGCGAGCAUACGCACCGAGAGUUCUCGAAGCGUUUGGCUACUGCUGCUUAUGAGCUGGGUGUAUUGCCCUCCUCCCAUGUGAAGGAGAUUAGUCUCGAGGAAGCGGCAGAGAAGUUGGUGUUUGGCGGUGUCUCUACAGCUGAGCUGGGGUAUGCUUCUAACGCUCGGACGAAGGCUAUACUAAGCCGCAAAUUGGGUUGGAUGUCCUUGCAUGGCGAUGAUUGGGAAGCCACUUUCCGUGAUGAAGUCAGCGUGUUCAUCAAGAGUCCUCCGGCUGAGCGUGAUAUCCCGGAGUUUCUGAGGAAACACUAGAUGUACAUACUAUGUCCUCAUACAUGAACUUCUGAGGGCAUCAGAGCACGAAGUAUGUCAGCUGCAGAGAGAAAGUCACUUGAAUGAGAAAUUGUACAUAUGAGAGAAAUGAC